CCCGGCUCCCCCCCCCCCCAGCCCCCCGCCGCCGCGCAGGGCGUGCCAGGCCCCGGCCGCUGUGCCCCGCGUCGUCUGUUCCUCGCCGCCCCCGGGAGCCUUCUUUCUUUGCACCCGGCCCUGCGCCCCACUUUCCCACCAACGGCGCCGGGGACACCGGGGCACUCGCGGCUGCAAGAUGUGAGCCGUGGUGAAGUGUGAGGGUCACACGCCUCAAGAUCCACCGGCCUUGCGAAACUGGGCUACCCUCUCGGGCCUCGAGUUCCAUCCCCCACCCCCCCAAGAGAACCCCUGGAAUUAACCAGCCUUUGUGGCCUAGCGGGAGAGGGUCACCGAGGGGCGACGGGGGUGGCGUGUCCGGCGCCCUUCGAGACUCACCGCUUGGAAGCUGGGAGGAGGAGAGGGCGGGGAGACAGAGGAGCGGGCUCGCUGCGGGGGGUGGGGAGGGGCCGGGGAAUUAGGGGAACCCGGUUCGAAUCGAUACUGGAGUUCAACCCGGAGAGAUCAGCCAGUUCUGUGCAGUUAGAAGUUCGAUUCCUCAACACGCUUAGGAGGUGAGCGGCGGCGUUGUUGAAAGACUCUAGACACCCCGCCUCAUUUUUUUUUUUUUUUUUCUUUUAGUAUUUGUUUGAUGUCCUUGCUUUUGUUUGGGAAGAGGUCUUAGAAGCUAGUAUGACGCGCCAGAGGGCUCUGAUCGGAGCCAGACGAGCCCGCGGGGAGGUGCAGACUCCGGGAGCCCUGGAGGCGUCCUACUGACUGUCCCCCGGGGACUAAGACCCUCAGGCCGCCCCCUGCCCCACACCUUGGCGAGGUUUCUAAGCACCCUCCCCCGCCCCCCCCCCCGCCACGAACUGUUCGGGUUUGGGGAGCAAAGGGGUUCAGAAGGGGAAGCCACACCAAGAUGGGCUCUGAAGAAAACAUCUUUUAAAAUUUCCUAGCAAUAUGCGCACGUUGAUAAAGUUUGACCCGUUUGUUCCAGGAAAUGGCUUGAACUUUUUAAGUUCUGUAGUGCACAAGCUGGUUUUUCAUUUUAAAUUAUCAAAAAUCUGCACGGCCCUUUUGGUCUUAGCUGUGUUUCCUCUCAAAUUCCUCCUGUAUUUAUUUAAAAAGUUAAAAUGUGCCCGAAAUUGGGUUCCUGGUGCUUUGUCUAAAAACAUUUUAGGAGAAGCACAGCCCCACAAGUAGUCUUAGAAGUGAAACUUUUUUUUUUUUAAAUGGCUGUUCGUUUUUAGAGAGAGAGCGCACGCGGGCACAAGUGGGGGAGGGGGAGAGAGAGAGAGGGAGACACAGAAUCCAAAGCAGGCUUCAGGCUCUGAGCCGUCAGCAGAGAGCCCCACGCGAGGCCCGAACUCACUAACGGUGAGAUCAUGACCUGAGCCCAAGUUAGGCUUACCCGACUGAGCCACCCAGACGCCCCUAGAAGUGAAACUUACCUCAUCCCUCCUACUUGCACACAGAGCCCUGGUGAACUCAUUUUCCCAUUAUAUUGAUAAACCCUCGACCUAUUAAAGAACCAGCGGCAUAUAUAUUCUUGGCUACCAGUCAUCCUAUUUUACUAAACCUAAAUGCCACUGAGUAUAGGAUGCGCUUUUAUGUAACCAAGUAAGAAAAAAAAAAAAAAAACAUGCAUUCUGAUUUCGGAGGGGUUUGGAUGUCAGAAAGAAAUGCACAUUUUAUAAUCUGUAAAAGGUAAUCUGCACGAAAGCAGAGCCUGACAGUACUUUCCCUGAGGAUUCUUCAUUCCUAACGAGAAUGAAACCUCCGAGACAUUCAUGACUCCCUGACGACCAAUGAUAUGCCAGGCGUCAGGCCAGAUAGAAGAAAAGACCGUUAUGUUCUCCACCAGGGGACUGGAGGCAGCAAGUUCCUUGAGGGCUGUCUGUCUGUCUGUCUGCAUGUUCUAAAUGGCACACGAUCUGGGAAGAAUAAGAGAACAGUAGUUCCCUGGGAGAGCAGGUGGGCUUUAGUAACAGUCAUGAGAAGUCCAAAGAAGAGAAAAGAGAGAGAGAAAUGUAGAAGGGAGCAGUUGAGAGCCACUGAACAUUGUCUCUGGAGCCAGCAGGAAAACGAGGGCACUUAGUUUCCCCAUAAGCCAGGGUACAUAGGAGAGAGACGCUUAAACAUCAUUCUUGUUCUAAUGCUGAGGGUUUAAAAAAAAAUUUUUUUUUUAAUUUGAAUGUACCCAUCCACCAGAAACUUUCCUGGUAAGUCAACAACAAUCUUAAAAAGGCUCCCUAAUACACAGGAAAGAAGCAAACAGGGCCUUCUGAGCAAGGGGCAGUGGUCAGAGGCAGUGAGAUGGGGAUUGUCAGCUAGGGGAGGGGGUCUCGGAGAAAGGCAGUGCCAGAAGCAAAACCAUUCCGAGGACCCCGUGGUUGGCCCCGCCUCACCUCCCCAUCCCCCCACCCCCACCAGAGGGAGGCCCUACCUCACCUCCCCCAUCCCAGCGUCAGGCCUUGGGGCUCUAGAAACUGCCCGGUCUUUACAGAACAAACUCGAAUCUGGUGUGGAAGGCAAGGAGGUUAAAAUUUCAGUCCACUCUAUCACAGUAACCGAUGACAAAGCCAUCUAAGUACCAGCAAGGUGAACAGAAGUGGGGUGUAGUGGCUGGAUAAAAAGGAAGGGAAAAACAAAAACAAAAACAAAAACAUAGCCCGCAAGGAGUCUUACUAAAAAAAUAAUAUUACUCCUAGAUUGGUAGAAAAUUGUUUCCAAUAGCCUUAUAUCCUACGAGUUGGUAAAAAUACGAAUUCAGUAAAAUAAACUCAAAGGUUAGAAUAUUUUAAAAUGUGAUGGAGACGGAGUUGCAAACUUAAGCAGAUAAUUUGAGCACCCUAGAAACAUAAUUGCAGAAGAAAUAAGAAGAAAGAACAGGAUACUUUUGAAAGUAAAGACAUUUUUAAUAGAGGAAAGGUUUGAUUUAAGCCCAAUGAAUGCAAAUGAAAAGAAAAAGAAAGAUCAAGUCAAUUAGGAAGAAUCUCCAUGUGGAAAUAAAAAAAAAGCACAGUCAAACAUUAGGAUAAUUGGGAUCCCUGUCAUACAGAACCCAGCAAAUGGGACAGAAGAUGCAAAUAAAAGUAAGUUAAAAGAACUUUUCUUGAAAUGAAGAAAAAAUGGCCUGUAGGUCAAAAGAACAUUUUUUCAGGAAAUUGCCAUUUUCCAAAUAUUCAUAUGGGAAUGCUGAGCCCCAAGAUAUCUUUAGUGAUUUCAAUUAAAAAAAAAAAAAGAAUUCUUUUAGGAAUCCAGGAAGAAAAAGUAAAUAAAAGAAGGGCAAGCCAAAUCAAGCUGGCCUCAGACGUUCUAGUGCUAAAUUCCAGAAUAUGAUGGUUCUGAGAGAAACAUUCUAAAUGGAGGAGACUGUCCCCAGGAGGGUAUUUCAUCCAGCUUAGAUGUCACUCAAGGUAAUCAAUAGGCAGGCCUUCUCAAAUAUAAAAGAGCAAAGGGAAUUCAAGACCCAGUGAGCUCUCUUUGGGGGAGGGAGGGACUACUGGAUUAGAAAAAUCCAGCAAAUAACAAGUUAAGAAAUAAAUCAAACUAAAGACCCCAGACCUAGAGAACUCACACUCAAAAGGACUGUUGGUGAGUAUUGAUCUAAAUGUAGAAUUAAUACCAGACAUGUUUGGAAAUUGUAGGUAGAAAAAAAUGUGAUCGUUAUAUAAAUCUAGACACAAAAAACAAUAAAGCAAAAAAAAAAAAAUAACAAUAGGAAUAAGGAAAUAGGGGAGGCAGAUGGGAGGAAAAAAGAGAGUAGCAACAUUCUCAUCUUUGAAAGCACGGAUCAAUAAAUACGGUUUAAUAGUAAACAGUGCUGGGGGCGCCUGGGUGACUCAGUUAAGCAUUUGACUUCAGCGCAGGUCAUGAUCUCACAGUUUGUGAGUUCAAGCCCCACAUGAGGCUCUGUGCUGACAGCUCAGAGCCUGGAGCCUGCUUUGGAUUCUGUGUCUCCUCUCUCUGCCCUUGCCUGCUCGCGCUCUGUCUCUCUCUCUCAAAAAUAAAUAAGGAUUUUUUUAAAAUAAAAAAACAUAGUAAGCAGUGCUGGGAACAUAUGCUAUCCUAACUUCCCAAUGUCUUCCAUAACUGUUUUUUCUAAACCUUAGAAGAAUAUUUUAGGAAAUUACUCUGUCUUACAGAAGAGAAUAAUUUAAAUUUCAACCAUCCCUUCGGUCUUUCCUUCAGUUUUGUUCCAAGUACAAUUAAAUUUAGACAGAAAUGUGUGUGUGUGUGUGUGUGUGUGCGCCCACACACGCACAUGCGCAUAGAAAGAUGUCUGGGAUUAUGUUCACCUAAACUUAAUGAUGGAAACAUCUGGAUGCUGGAAUUUGCACUUUCAUACAUUAUUUUUAAUGUUUCUUAAUGAGCACAGAAAAGAAAUUUUACAGAAACAAGAAAGACGUUUGAAAAAUAAACUGGAAACCAACAUGCCAAGAUGCUAACAGUGGUUCAUGCUGGGUGGUAGAAAUAAGGAUGAUUCUUACUUUCUUCUUUGUGCUUUUUUGGGGUUUUUUCCCCCUGAUUUCCAGGAAGAAAUUAUGUAAUUGUGUUUGCGUAGUAUUUCUGAAUUCAGUUCAUUCAUGACUCCCUGACGACCAAUGAUAUACCAGGCGUCAGGCCAGAUAGAAGAAAAGACCGUUAUGUUCUCCUUCAGGAGACUGAGGCAGCAAGUUCCGUGGGAGCUGUCUGUCUGUCUGUCUGUCUCUGCCUAGGAGGAGCUGGAAUUCAGAGAAGGGGCCCUGGAAAUCAGCAGUGUUUGUUGACAUGUCAGAGGCAAGGGUUGCUCUGGGCGAGCCGCACCCAGAGCUGGCUUGCAGGGGACAGUGAUUUCCAGGGAAACCUAGAAAGGCUCAUGACAGCCUUGAAUUCAACCUGCGACACUUGCUUGAUGCCUUGUUAGGUGACAGUGAGCUACAGACGGGGCUGACCACAGAAUUUGCAGGGGCCAGAGCAAAAUAAAAAUGCAGGGCCCACGUGUUUAAAAAGCAAGAAGGCAUCACUGAAGGCAUUAAAAUACAAAGCUUUUUCUUUUCUUCCACCUUCUCUGUCUCUCAACUGGUCACUUUGGUAUUUGCCAUUUAAAUGUCGUCCUGAGUAAAAAAAUAAAUAAAAUUUGAAAUUAUCAGCAGGAGCUUCAACCUUUCUGCUUUGUAUGGUGCAAACGCACAGAUCUAAAUGCAAACGUAAGCGCAUUUAGUUCAUGUGGGGAGUCACCGAAUUACACAAUUGGCAACUCAAGCACAUUUUGAGAGGGUACCUCGAACUAGCCAGGAGAAGCAAACUCAAGCCAGACGAGGGAGGGUGGCAAGGAGAAGAGAGGUCCCCCCCAGGCACACAGCCCAAGAAGCAUUCCCUGGGUUACCGUCAGGGCCAGUGAGGCUCCCUGCAGGUGCCCGAUGCCACUCUGCCCCUUGCGACUCUGGGCCCACAUGCACUUGGGCCUGAACGUUGCCAGGAUCGCUCUCUGCUACCCGCCCUGCACUCCAGCCUGGGGUGGGCUCUGGGAAGUCCAGCCCUGAAUCUCUCCUUCCCAAGGACCUGCUAUCUCAACCCAUAGCUCACUGGCAAUGCCCAAAGGUCUUUAAACCUCUGCCCCUGGACAUGCUAGGUACCUGAUCAAGGCUGACCUAGAUGCUUACCACCCCCAGUCCAGCUAGUCGCCCCCCCCCCCCACCGCCCUGGGCAAAGCAGGGCCCUGCCAGCCUGGCGCAGGAGCAAAUUCCACUCUGCCUGGCCCCUUCUCUGUCUGCUUACACACCAGGAGGGCGUCAGUGCAACGUGGGACUUUCCAACAGUGUGACCCAGCUGCCACCCCACACGAAGGGCAUCAAUGGUGCCCAGCGUCCAGAGGCGGCGGGGGGCAGGGGGUGAGACCAAGCGUGAGCUGAGACUACAAACUCACCAUGUGUCCAAUGGCCCAUCAGACUUCACUACCAAAACAUAAGUUCAACGCUACAAUUAUUAAGAAUUUCAAGGCAGCCAUUGGAGAGCAGUAAACCGAGGGUGGACCCUUUUUCGUGUAGGACCUGGGCACAGAGAUGGGGGAAGAGCAAAGCCAGCCCUUCCUAAUGGCAACAGCUUUGCUCUAGAAAGCUGAUUUGUAGUCAGGGAGAGGUUUAAGGCACCUCAUUAACAACCCCAGACAGGAUGCCAAGACAGGAAAUGAGAUUUUCCAAGCAAGCAGGAAAUCUAGUUACUAGUCAUUGGGUUCGAAGUAGAGUAUGGGUCAUCAGGAAUAAAGGGGAGGUGACAUCCCCUGGCCCACAGGGGGUGAGGACUUCUAAUUGUGUAAUUGUGUGUGUGUGUGUGUGUGUCUCAGCCAUUGAAUAAACCCGAAUGUUCCACAGAUGUAGAACAAAGGUGAAGACGUACCGUCAGGCAAAGACAGAGGGUUGAGAAGCCGCAGGGCAGAUGUUCAAGUGUAAGGGAGUCCCGUCCCCCCCCCCCACACCCCCCUGUGGCAUUCUACACUCUAGCUGCGGCCAGCUUCUAGGGAGUGUCCACAGCCCUGCAGGCCCUCCUUCGGGGAGUAAUGGUGGGAGAUGACGUCUUGUGUCUCAAAGAUCCCUGUAGACACUCUAAACGGGUGCAGUCUUGUGGGACAGGUUGUAAGCAGAGGAGCCUAGAUAGCUCAUGGGUGGGGGAGUCUGCAGCAGGGAAGGCAUCUUUGACUUGGAAUCUCUCGGAUUCCUGUAGAAUACCCGGAUGGGACCUGUUACCUCAUAGUCGAGAGGACUUUUUCAUGUUUUGAGCUUGAACUCAGGUCUGCCGCCCCGUGGCCCUUUUCCAGUUUCAGCACGGGGGCUUGAUGCCUGCUACAAGUGUUGGGAGGACAGGACACCCAGAACCUAUGGGGCGCAGUUGCUUGGAUGGAGACAAAAGCCCUGAGGCAGAGAAGAUGUGAAAGGAAAGAAAAGACUUGAUACCAAAGAUGCUUUGGAGCCAGAAUACUUCCUGGAUUAGACCCCGUGAUUUGUAUCCCGUGGUGUAUAUCGGCCUCAUGGUUGGUGUGGUAUCGGCAUGGCCUGAUUUGUCAGACGAAUCUUGCACUUUAAAGGUGACAUUUCGCAGCUUCCGGCUUAUCUUGUCAUGGGAAUUAAAAAACCAUUCGAUUGCACCAACUCACUAUACAUUAUGGUACACAGUCAUGAGUAAACCAGACGAUAUGAAGAUCGUGGAGCACUGUUCAAAUAUCACAGCAUCAUUUUGCGACCUAACCGAUGUGUGGGAAGUCCUGCCAGAGACAUACAUCCCCAGAGUUGAUGGAUUCAGAGGAAACACAAUGCUGGUCAGCUGUAUCAGCGAUUUCUUCCUGGCAACACACGUGUCUUUGGAACCACCGGACUUUGAUAUUGUUGGCUCUACCAACCACAUCAACGUAAUAGUGAAAUUUCCACCAGUCAUUCCCAAGAUACUGAAUGGCGAGAUCUUACAGUAUUACUUACCGCUCGUCAUCGAAGAACAGUCAGGGAAGAUUGUUAAGAAGCAUCACCCCAAGCUAAAUGGAAACAUCAUUGGAAAUGUCACUUAUGUCAUCGACAAGCUGAUUCCAAACACAAACUACUGUGUAUCUGUCUAUUUUAAGUCUAAAGAUAUGGGAGCAAUAAAUAGAUCUCCAGUCAAAUGUACCUUCCUUCAACCUGGACAGGAAACAGAGUCAUCAGAAUCCGCCAAAAUAGGAGGAAUAAUUGUUAUGUUUUUAAUAGCAGCUGUCUUCAUAAGCACCAUAUUAAUACUGAAACGGGUUGGUUAUAUAUGCUUAAGAAAUGAUUUCCCCAAAGUUUUGAAUUUUAAUAACUUGUCAUCCUGGGUCUUUCUUGAGAGGCCACCCUUGGAAACAGUGGCUUUCGUGGAGGUGAUUCACGUUAACAGGAAGAAGAAAGUGUGGGAUUACAAUUACGACGAUGAGAGCGACAGCAAUGAGGAGGUGGCCCCUCCAGUAAGUGGAGGUGGUUAUACUAUGCACGGGCUAACGGGCAGGCUUCUGGGUCCGGCCUCCGCCUCCUCGGCCACCUUGGAAGAUUGCAUCCAGCCGGACGCUGAGGAACCGGAUCAAUCCGAACCUGAGGCUGACACCGAGCGCCUGAUGACAGCGUGGCCCAGCCCCGAGCAGUCGGAAUGCUGCAAGAGUGGGGCCUACAAGGAGAGAGGGAGGCUGCCACAGGACCCCGUCUCCGAGGAUGAUGACAGCUCCACCGAGGAGUCUGGGGACAAAAUUACCUUCAAUGUAAAUUUAAACUCUGUGUUUGUGAGGAUCCCCGAUGACGACUCAGAAGUACCCCCGACGUCACCAUCUUUUCUAGAAGAGACAGCCAACCUAGAGGAUUCAGAUGAAACGGAAAUAAGCUUUCUGGCAGCCAGUGGGGAAGGGACACAGCCACCCUUCGCCAGCCCCUCUGCAGAGUGCCCGUGGCCUGAAGACGCUCUUUCUGACAAAAGUGACAGUUCCGAGUCAGAUGCGGACAUCAGAGAUGGUUAUAUAAUGAGAUGAUCCCAAGAAUAGUUAAUUAACAAGGACCGAUGAGGUUCUCCCUCCGCGUACGGUCACCAGCCCCUCCGGGGCCUGCCAGCGAUGUCGGAGGGAAGGUGCUGGAGACUGCAGUCUGCUGGGUGAUUCCUGGUGACGUCAUCUAUGCAGAUUCCCAGGACGGCCACAAGGGACCCUCCUAUCCUGCAGUGUAUUGUUUACAUGUCCCAAGGGAUGCACUUUGAAGGAAAGUGUCCUGUCCAUUUCCUUCACCCUCCCGCAUUUAUAAUGGUUCUGCAUCCUGUCUCCCAGAGUAAGGAGCAGGGUCCCCUGCAUCUUUCGUGGGUGGUCCAGGACCCUGCAAGUUAAUGAAAUUAGCCAGGGUGGGAGUGGAGAGUGAAAAGGAAGACACUCAGCAGGGCUCCUAGCAGGUACAGUCAGCAGUGGUGGGUCCAGCAGGCUUAAGGAAGGGGCCAGCAGGGAAGAAGCAGGAAGGGAAGGCCACCAGAAGGAAAGAAAGGGGACCCACAAAGAAACAGAAGCACGGGUUCCGAGUUGGAAGUCGGGAAAGUGGAGCCCAGUCUUGGGCUCCUCCCCGACGUCACAUUCUGUCACCUACACUCAGAAUUCAGCUCUCCUCAAUUUGAAUGAGGAGGACACAUUCGCACACAGAAAUAACUCUAGUGUCAGGCAGGUGACUACUAGGAAAUAUUUGCCUGAGGGAGAGGGAUAGAAUCUCAGUGCCAAAUUUUAAGAUUAAAAAAAAAAAAAAAAAGCGAGAGAACAAAUGCAAAAUCGUUUCAAGGUCUUCAGAGGAAAUAAGGUAUGAAAGAAAAUUCCUGGAGGUCCUACUUAGCAAUUUAAGAAGAGCUGUGUGUACUGAUUCCAACUGUCCUAUGUGUGACCACAGUUCCUGUGGAAGGAGGGGGGGGGGCAGGGGAAGAGAAGUUCUAGAACAUCAUGUAGCGAACAGUACAAGAACUAGGACUCCGAGGUCUGACGCUGCUAUUUCACUGUGUGACCCCAGGUACUUUGCUGAGCCUCUCUGAGCCUCAGUUUCUUCAUUUAGGAAAUAAGGGGAUUGGACUAGGUAAUCUCCAAGAUCCUGUGGUGCUAGGAGAAAUA